AUGGAGAGGACAAGCCUUACGCAAGAUUCGAUAGAGGAGAUCUUCUCUAGAUUUCCGACUAAAUCUCUAGCCCGAUUGCAAUCAUUAUCGAAACAGUGGAACGCUAUUUUCAAAUCUGAGAACUUUUCCAAGAAGCACUCUGCCAAUGCACCGAAGGAGCCUCUAAUCAUGAUGUUGAUGGAUUCUAGGGUUUGCUUAGUGAAGGUCAAUCUCCAAGGAUUUCACGAUGGUGUUGCUCCAUCUUCUAAGGUUGCAUAUCAAUUCAACCUUACAAAUCCCUCUUCUGAUUCGUCUUCUUCACAAGUUAUUAUACGUAACAUCAUUCACUGUGACGGCUUAUUGCUAUGCACAACGAACGAUAAUAGACUUGCGGUUUGGAAUCCAUGCUCUGGUGAAACCAAGUGGAUUAAACCUAAAAAACCCUACAUGGAAACGGACUUUUAUGCCCUUGGUUACGAUAACGAAUCUCCAUGCAAGAAAUACAAAAUAUUGAGGAUGGUUCGUCAAGACCCUAAUCUCCCUAUCGAUGAGUAUCAAAUCUAUGACUUUAUCUCUGAUUCUUGGAAGGUUCUUGAGGACGUCACUACCAAUUGGGACUUAUUACCAAAUUGUCGUGGCAUAUCUAUGAAGGGAGAUACUUAUUGGGUUGCUUUUGAUACUAGUCCAAAAGGGUGGCAUUUCUUGCUAAGUUUUGAUUUUUCAAGAGAGAGAUUUCGAAGUAUGUCUCUGCCUCACAGGUUUCCUUAUUCGAAUGGGACUUUAUCAGUGGUUGGAGAAGAGAAACUAUUUCUGUUAGGUAAUGAUCGCACUGAGUUAGAUUUAUGGGUGACAAGUAGCCCAAGAUCAGUCAUGUCAUGGAGAAAGUUCCUAGCAGGGAUGGAUUGUUUUCCGUUUCAUCGUAAGGUUGGUUUCUUGGUCGACGAGCAGAACAAAGUUGUAGUGUGUUGCGAUGAUGACGUGUUCACGGAGCUGGACAUUGUGGGAGAAAGUAAACACAGAGAAGUGGAUUAUGAUGAUGGACAUUCUGAAGCCAGGACAUAUUGCUCACAUCUUCAGAGUUAUGUUCCAAGUUUGGUCCAAAUCCAAUAA